UGUGAUCCACCUGUGAUAUUGAUUUAAUCUUGGCUAGAAUUAUCAAUAUUAUAUAUUCUAACUGACCAUUGGUCAUCUGAAGUGUUUAUAUAUAGAAUGUCCAUGUUUUGACCCUUUGAAAUAUUGAUGUGGCUAAAUGGAGUCAAAAUCUACAUUACUAAGAUGUUUGUUGAAGAAUAAAGACAUGGAAUCUGUUAAUCUUGACAUGGAAGAUAUAUUUGAAGAAGAGGCUGCAGAUGAUGAUUUCCCCUCUGUUGGGCCUCUCCCAGAUUUACCAGAUGGAGAGGAAGGGGCUGCUGAAGGAGAAGAUGAAGAUAAUACAGAUGUUAUGUCCAAGUUAAAAGAUUUAUCCAAAGGAGCAGCAAGGAAAGUGGUGAGGAAACCCAUGCCAAAGUUAGAUGGACAAAGAUUGACAGGUGAAAGGGGAAUACCCAUUCUUCCCAAAGUAUUUGAAAAGGUGAAGUUUAAAGGUCAAGGGAAUGAAGCUCAAGAUUUAAGAAUCAUAAUGAGAUAUUUAGAGCACUGGGCUCAUAGGCUAUUUCCCAUGAUGCCUUUUGACGAAGUCUUGGAAAGAAUAGAAAAACUUGGUACAAAGAAAGAAGUUCAGACCUGUAUAAAGAAGAUGAGGUUAGAUAUGCCAUUAUUGAAUGAAGAUUACAUACAGGAUGCUUCUGAUGAUGAAGCUGGAGGCAGUGAUAAAGAUAAAAGUCCUAAAAAGAAUGGUGUAGAUCCUGUGGAUGAGACAGAGUGGGACGACAUCAUCAGGGAACAUGAGGAGGAACAAAGGCUGUCACAGGCACCAGCAUCAUCACCCCCUCAACCCAUGUCUCAACUUAAAUCACAAUUGUCUAAGCCUUUAAUGGAUCUAAAGAACACAUCACAACCUUAUACAGCAACUCCUAUAUCAAGUCCAAGUGCAACCAUAGGGGGUUUGACACCAGAACAGAAAGAACGAAUUGAGAGAAACAAACAGCUUGCAUUACAGAAAAAGCUGGGAAAACCAGGAUUUAAAGCACUUGCAGUGCCUGGUUCACCAUUCAGAACACCUCUCUCGUCACCGAUAACACAUUCACCAAUGAUGCCUCCACCAGUUCCAUCACCAGGAAAGUUUUCGUCUUCACUGGUAAAGCCUUUGUCCUCACCAGUAAAGAUUUUGCCUUCCCCAUGUAAAUCAUCACCGGUAAAGAUUUCAUCUUCACCGUGUAAAUCUUCACCAGUAAAGCCUUUAUCAUCACCAUGUAAAUCAUCUCAUGGAUUGACAUCGCCUGUAUCAUCAAACACUGUAACAUUCUCAUCACUUGUACAGAAUGGUAAUACAGAGGAUUCUGAGUUUGGUGUAAAUAAACUAUCUUAUGAUUCCACACUAGAUUUACAGGCAAAUAAAACCGGUACACAGAAUGGAGAAAUGGUCAAUGGAAGUUCUAAUUCUGUUGGUGACAGUGAAAUGAGUGAAGUUAUACCUGUUACAGGUAAAACUCUGAUGAAUGUAAAUUAUUCAGUAGACAAUGAAUUAAGUGCAGUUUUACCUGUUAUAGGUAAAACUCUGGUCAAUGGGAAUAGUUCCCAGACAGCAGACAAUGAAUUGAGUGAAGUUAUACCUAAUCAAGAUCUUAAACGGAACAAUGAUAUUACAGACGAUAACAAUCUAGUUAAAAAACAGAAAGUUGAUGUAGAACUUACAGAAGAUGAAAUAUUAUCUAGUAUGGAAGACCUAUGAUGAAUAUUUGUAUUUUAUUGUUGAUUCACAUAUUAAGUGCUAUUUUUAUUGUUUUUAUGCUUUAUUUAAAUCUGAUAUUUGUUUUUCUGUUGUGAAAAAAAUCACUAAGUAUUAACUCUUAUUUCAAUUUAUAAAGUAUAUGACUUAUUUAGGUAUUAAGUAUAUGGAAGCUAGAUUGAAUUGAAUUCUAUUGACCAUCGGCUGUAUUUUCAGCAAGUAAUUCCUACUACAUUAUCUUUUAUAUUUGAUUUCAGCAAUAUAUUGUUAUCUGAUGAUUGUUUCUUCUUCCAUAAUGAAUAUAACUAAUAAAAGUCAUACUUUCUUCAAAAUUUAAUGAAUCAGAAAUUGAUAGGUACAUUAUUCUAACCAAUUGUUGUAACUUAUAAAGCUUUUAAAGUUGACCAAUAAACUAGUCAUUUAAAACAAACAAACAAAAAACAUCUUUGGCAAACAUAUCAGAUAGAUCAAAAUAUUCUAGUAAAAAGAAAAAUAAUAGGAGGAAAUGAAAAAGAAGUUUUUUAGGGAGUUUUAGAAAGAUUUUAUUGGCUGUGAUAUUGAGGGAAGAUACAAGUUUCACUGUAAUAGCUCAAGUCCAAGGUUUUCUUUUAUUGUACUUUUGUAUGGAGUCAAUAAAACACAGUAAACUAUA